AUGGCAGCGCUCACAUCUUUCAGUCAGUUGGCGAGCGGGAGCCCCGUGUUUGACAACUUUUACAGACAGGUGGAUCCGGGAAACACGGGGCGAGUGGGACCAACAGAAGCCGCCCUUUUCUUGAAGAAGUCGGGACUUCCAGAUGUGACGCUGGGAAAGAUUUGGGAUUUGGCCGAUCCGGAUGCAAAAGGUUACUUGGACAAGCAGGGGUUUUACGUGGCGUUGCGUCUGGUGGCGUGCGCGCAGAGCGGCCAUGACGUCAGCGUGUCCAGCCUCAACCUCAGCGUGCCGCCGCCCAAAUUUAAGGACUGCAGCAGCCCCUCCCUCAACACUUCCACUGAAGCUCACUGGGCCGUCAGGAUGGAGGAGAAAAGCAAAUUUGACGGCAUUUUUGAAAGCCUGUCGCCCAUCAAUGGCCUGCUGUCGGGAGAGAAGGUGCGCCCCGUCUUGAUCAACUCCAAGCUGCCUUUGGACAUUCUGGGGAAGGUCUGGGACCUGAGCGACAUCGACAAAGACGGACAUCUGGAUAGAGACGAGUUUGCUGUGGCCAUGCACCUGGUAUACCGCGCCUUGGAGAAGGAACCGGUCCCGGGCCACCUGCCCGCCGCCCUCAUCCCUCCGUCCAAGAGGAAGAAAAGCCUGGGCUCGGUGGCGGCGGCGGGCGGCGUGCCCCCUCUACCGGCAAGCCCGCCGCCGCCCAAAGACUCUCUGCGCUCCACGCCGUCGCACGGCAGCGUCAAUUCCCUCAACAGCACGGGCAGCCUGUCGCCCAAACACAGCCUCAAGUCGGCGCAGCAUUCUGUAAACUGGGUGGUUCCAGUAUCGGAGCGCGGUCGUUACGACGACAUCUUCCUGAAGACGGACACGGACCUGGACGGUUUUGUCAGCGGCCUGGAAGUCAAGGACAUUUUCAUGCAGUCGGGUCUCUCUCAAGGUGUCCUCGCGCAUAUAUGGGCCCUGGCCGACACCAGGCAGAUAGGCAAGUUGACUAGGGAGCAGUUCGCCCUGGCCAUGCAUCUGAUCCAGCAGAAGGUCAGCAAGGGUGCCGACCCCCCUCAAGCGCUGACGGCCGAUAUGAUCCCACCUUCGGAGAGAGGAACUCCCGUGGCGGACAGCUCCAGCUCGGUGGGUUCGGGCGAGUUUACGGGUAUCAAGGAGCUGGACGACAUCAGCCAGGAAAUUGCUCAGCUGCAGAGGGAGAAGUACACUUUGGAGCAGGACAUUAGGGAGGCAGAAGAUGCUAUCCGACACAAGAGCGGCGAAGUGCAGGACAUGCAGAACGAGUUGGACCGGGAGGCGGCCUGCCUUCAGGAGCUGGAGGCACAGAAGCAGGACGCCCAGGACCGCUUGGACGAGAUGGACCAGCAGAAGCGCAAGUUGGAGGACAUGCUCAACGAGGUCCGUCUCAAGUGUCAGGAGGAGUCGCAGAUGAUCUCAACGCUGCAGAGCCAGAUCCACUCCCAGGAGUCGGACCUGCAGAACCAGGAGGAGGAGCUCAGCCGGGCCAAGGCCGACUUGGGCCGCCUUCAGCAGGAGGAGGACCAACUGGAGCAGAGUCUGGCUGCUGGCAAGAUCCAGCUGGAGACCAUCAUCAAGUCCCUCAAGGCCACGCAGGACGAAAUCAACCAGGCACGCAGUAAACUCUCACAGAUCCAAGACAGCCAGCAGGAAGUGUCCAAAAGCAUCGAGCAGUACAACAGCACCCUCAACGGGACCCACGGAGGAAGCAUGACCAACCUAGCCGACAUGAGCGAGGGCUUCAGCGACAGAACUGAAAACGGGGCCUUCCCCUCUCGUGAGGACCCCUUUAAAGUGAAAGCGUCGGUGUUCAACAGUCAGCCUCAGGAGCUCCACGCCGACCCCUUCCACUCAGAAGACCCGUUCAGGACGGACCCCUUCAAAGGUUUCGAUCCUCCUGCAGGAGACCCUUUCCAAAACGACCCCUUUGAGAAGCCGCCCGCAGCCCCUGCAGAUCCGUUUGGCGCCGACCCCUUCAAAGAGACGGAUCCGUUCAAGGCCUCUUCUGAAGAUUUCUUCAAGAAGACUACAAAGGCGGACCCUUUCGCCAUGUCGGACCCCUUCAGCAAGAGUGCCACGCUACCCUCCAAGCAAAUGAGUCAUUUCACAAGCAGCGACCCUUUCGCCUCCAGUAACUCCAAACCCAAAGGAGCAGAUUUGUUCGGCGCCCUGGAUCCGUUCGGCAGCGGCUCGUUCGGCGGCGCCGCCAACAGUGCCUCCGCUGGUUUCGCCGACUUCAGCCACAUGUCAAAGUCUCGAGACCCGUUCGAAGGCCGCGCCAGCUGGAUGCCGGACUACCAGAAGGCCGCGUUUGCGGACGAUCCGUUCGGCAGGAAGAGUGACAUGCCCGCCCUGCCGCCUAAAAAGGGGGUUCCGCCCAGGCCCAAACCCCCCAGUGGUAAAACGACGCCAGUGAACACGGCGGAACCUACCAAGCCGUGCGACCCUUUCCAACCGUUUGGCCGGGACGCCGUCGACCCCUUCCAGAGUAAAAAAGGUCUAGGGGACCCGUUUAGCGGCAAGGACCCCUUUGCUCCGCCUUCCUCAGCACCCACAUUGACGUCGCGCUCGCUCGCUCGCUCUUGGCAGUUCAACAACGAGGCGCAGCAGCUGGAAUGGGCCAAGCGGGAGAGCGAGCGGGCCGAGCGGGAGCGCCUCAAGCGUCUUCGGCAGCAGGAGCAGGAAGACCUGGAGCUGGCCAUCGCUCUCAGCAAAGCCGAGAUGUCCAACGCGUGA